GCAACAUGUGAUGUUCCAGCGGAGACUACCAACUCGACAUGCAGCGAGUGCGGUAAGCAAGAUCUUGAGCCGGCUAAGUGGCCAUCGCAAUGUCUCCAGGGCCGUCCCCGAAGGCUCUGUGGGAACCUCCAGGAUAUCUCCCUCCGAACCCACCACACUCUCCGAAGACGGCAUACGAACUCUACGCAUCCGUAAACAUGGCCACAAACCUCUGCCUAUCCCCGAGAUCAUGGAUCCAAUCUAUCUCCAUGCUCGGAACAAGCACAAGCAGCCAAGGCAGGUGAUCAUCGGAUACCGCAGACUUGACGUCGGGCAAGGCAGACAUCAAGAUAGAGAAGAAGAAGAGGAGGCAGAAGAUGGACCACGCCGAGACGCAUCCGACGUUCGUGAUCUCAAGCCUAUCCAGGAUUCUAAAACGAUGACUCCGUUCCAGAUUAAGCUGCACACCAAUCCCUACGCCCGCGCCUUAGCGACAAGCAUCCGACAGUGUGUUCUGACUAGAGCUCGACUGCCAUCUCACUUCCUUCUUCAGUUUGGCCUGUUCAUGCCCCAAGUGGAGGAAUCGCCAUCAUCGCAGCAGAGUGAUGAUGUCAAGCCGUACUGGAAACUCCUUGCUUAUCCCCAACGAUCGCCAAUGAAACUGCCACUAGGGAGGGUUCGUGCUACGAGGUCGACUGUGGAGGCGCUCGCUUCCAAGCAGAGAAAUGGCGGAAGAUGGGGAGUUUUGGCAUCUCAGAAGGCGAGGGACCGUUGGGCUGUGAUGACACCGAGGGCGGGAAGUGGUGGUAUUCUUCCGGGCAAGGAGUUUGACUGGGAUCCUAAUAUGAGCGAGGUGGUUCUGCAGAGGUUGAGGGAGGAGGUGGUGACUAAGAUGAGGUACGGUCUAGAAUGUGGGCUUGUGAAGAAGAGGAGAGAUGGAGAAGAGAAUGAAGAGGUAUUGGCAGUUUUGAAGCUGAAAGGGGGAGUAGAGGAGGUGCACGAUCUAGGGGAAUCUUCCAGUAUGGCUGGUGAGAUGGGCACUAGCAACGGUCCGAUCGCGGGCUGGAUCAAGUACAACUUGACGAAGUUGUUCGAAGCUGACGAGCUGAAAGAAUUCAUGGAUGAUGAUUUGGACAUCGAGAUGGAUGAGCUCGUGGUUUUUAAGGAUCGAACCAACAUGAGCUUGCUGCUUGCGUUGGAGCAGCUGCAGAACUACGUUGGCAAUUGAAAGCCGACCUGCGGAACCGAAGAGACAGAGAGAACAAGGUCAACGCCAAGAUUCAUGGUAUAGCCCCACUUUCGGUCUCCAUGACAACGCCCCAAACAGAUCGGCGCUUGUCCCCCUCCACAUGUUCUCACGCCACACUCCAGCUUCACUCUCCAAACGGCGUUACAGAAGUGCACACACUCGCGUCGCUUGCUCUAUCUCUCGUGAGCUUUGCGAACCUCUGACAGGAUUGAUUCAUUGAUAUUUCGCACCAUGUCUCGAAUACUGCAAACACCAUGUCCUGCACCCACAUCGGCUUUAGACCCAUCGCAUCGACGUAUAUCCUCAUUUGAACUAUUUGGAGACGACACAACGACAAAUAUUGACUACACCCGCGCUAUUGAUCAGCCUCUCACUGGAAUCAAGCCGCGCAGACGGAGCAUGUUGAUGGGGCCGGCCAGGAAGAAGACUACGGCGGCACCUGUUACUAUCUUUGAGGAUGUAUCAGAGGAACAAGAGAUGUAUGUUGAAGGAGGCCAAGAUCUCAGGGUAUCUGAAAGGGCCGAGCGUCUGGGUAAUGGCAGUACGCUGCUGGGCAAGCCUCCAGCGAAGCGGAUGCCAGCCGUGGUGGGCAGUGGUAUUGGAAGAAGUACAGGGAUGGGUGGCUAUGGUAUGGGUUACAGCAGAUCUGAGAGGACUGGAACUGGGUCUGGGAAUCGCGGUACUAUUGGUGAAGUGAGAAACAUAACCGAUUUACAUUCUGGGGGACCACUUGGAGCACCAUACCGGGCUGUGACAAGCAAUGCGACCAAUUUGCACAUGACAAACCGCCAUUCCGUUGCUCUCGAAGCCGCACCUUCAACCAAAGUUGGGACAAACAAUAUGGCAGGCAUAGGCUCAACUGUUCGUAAACUGCCUCGACGACAGACUAUAUUUAUACCUGAAGACACUACGAUGAUGAGCAUACAUCCGGGACCGAGAGACAACACUAGUCGCAUAGACGACUCCUUCCACAAUUCCAACCUCGCUGUUAGUCAACCUCAAAAUCUCCGGGACCAAUGCAACAAUGGCGCGCCACAUCAGGCACGCAGUACUCUUGGAGCUCCCGCUAUGAAGAAUAUUCAGCGACGACAGUCCAUAUUCGUGCCGAUGCCCGAGCAAUCGACUGCGCAUAGAGUCCAACCAGAAACAACACAUCACAGCAACCGUAUCGACGAUUCUUUCCAGCUGCCGAGUCUCCCUAGCCCGCAGCCUAAACAGACCCAGAACGACACAGUAUUCGCACAGAAGCCAUUGCGCAAACCACGGCAGUCUCUACUAGCUCCCCCCAAGCGGCUUCCACUCCGCGAAAGUACAUCAUCAGAGAACAUGCCAGGAUGGGACGUUGCUGGAGCCAACACUGGAAAGGAGAAUAUACCACCAGAUGGUCAUGUUCUUGUCGAGAAGGGUCUCAAAUGUUUGGAGAUCAGCGAUCAAGCACAACCUCGCAGACGAUCCAUUCAGCCUCGAGUGCGUUCCAGCCUCUAUGGCCCCACUCAGGCCUCGCAGCAUCGUCAGAGUGUUGUUCCUCGCCCGCAAGUCUCCGCCUCGAGUACGGUGUCAAAUCGGGUGCGGCCUACAGUAUCUUUCCAGGAGCCUCUUCAGCAGUCGGGAAACUCAAAGCCUGCUCCUGUCAGUCGGGAUGACGAGGUGAAGAGAGUUCGGGAAUUCAUCGCCAAUAAGCGUGUUGAGCAACAGACUGCCAGGCUUCGCCAAUAUCCUGUUCUUGAGGGAGCAUUGUCCGAACCUGCGCUUUACGAGGGGAAAUGGCCCAGCUAUCGCGAGGAUGCGUUGAGUGAAGUGAUUAACAGGAUCUUUGAAGCUACCUCUUCGGUAUCAGCCAUGCACGCCUCCACAGCUGAGUUUUCGCUCAUGGACCAACUGAUCAGCCUGUACAAUCGACCCCAAACCACAGUUUUGCAUGAUCGCAUACGAGCCUCGCUUGAGUAUGGCGCUCUCGCUUGUCCGCAAUCAAGUGUCAGUGAACAUCAGCCAAGUAAGGACCGUGGACUCCAGCAGCAACUCCUGGACUUGUGGUUUGAGAGCUACGAUUCGAAGCUUUUGAUGGCUGCUGCACAGGUCGUCACCGGCCGUCAAAUCGCGAGCACGUCGGUCGACCUCCAGUCAGAGGGUCACUUGGGCCGUCAAUUCUUCAAGGACUUCUUCAUCAAUGCUAUCGAUGUUGAUUCCCUCCCGAGUUCCACGGACGUUGAGAUUGACCUCCAACGUUGGCGGAAGACCAUGCUUCGCAGUGUCAUGCUCGUCUGGCUCCUCGAUCAAGCCGCCGAAGCACGUCUCACCAACGGAGGUUGUCUGCUCAAAUCAUCUUCACUCCGAAAAUCCAGCGCUGCGAUUCUGCAAACACUCGGCGUCUUGAUGUUACCUGCUUGCGGAGAUAUCAUGCGAGCCCUGAAACAUUUGACGUACGAAGUCUCCUACCAUCAAAAUCCUCUGGACGAGAUUGUCUACCACGUCGAGAAUAUUGCCGUCGAUUUUCGAGAUGGUGUCUUUCUCACACGUCUGGUUGAAGUUCUCCUUUACAACAACAACAACAACAACAAGAACAACAACAAGCCAACCAAUCCCACACGUCCAGACCCAAACAUCCUCGACGACCUAACCCUAGCCUGCUCUACACCUCUCCCCGAGGACGACGACAACAACAACAACAAGAGUACUCUCACUCUCCACCAACAACCCCAAAGACCUCUAACCCAACAUCUCAAACUCCCCGCCAACACACCCGUCCACCGCACCUUUAACAUCCAACUCGCCCUCGACGCCUUCUUCUCGCACCUCGCCAUCCAUAUCCCUCUUCCUCGAAAAGAUGAAGAAGAAGACAACAAAAUCGUCAACAACAUCCCCGCAGCAAUAGCAACAGCAACAGUAGAAGAUAUCCUUCAUGGCCAUCGGGAGAAAACUUUGGAUUUUCUUGAAAAUCUUGUUAGGGGCUUUGGGGGGUUGGAUGGUUUGUCGAGUUGAUGGUUUGAUGGUUUGAUGGUUGAUAUGUGGAGAUGGCUGGGUGGUGGUGAGGGUUGGUGGAUGAAUAGAAUGAAUGAAUAGAUGAAUGGAUGUACCCACAUGAAGAGAUUUUUU